CACAUACUUUACCAUGCCACACACUUAUGGCGACGAAGACCUCGAGAACGUCGACGAGAAGUACCAUGAGUCGUCCGAUGAGGACUUCAAUCCUGAAGCCGCUCCUCCCGAAGAGGCAUCCAGCUCCGAAGACGAAGACCAUGUCACGAUAGAACCCACACAGCGCAAGGGCAAGCGGAAAGCGCCUGCCGAUGAAGACCUUGAUUCUGGAGACGAAGUGACAAUACAAGCUGCGCGGAAGAAGCGCGCAAAGAAGAAGAGGAAGAAAGGUGGCAACAAUGAUGGAGACGAGCUGAUCAUAUCAGAUGAUGAAGGCGGGGAGGGCGGGCUCAUCAAAACGCGGGCGCAACGGAGGAUUGAGGGAAAGGAACGGAGACCGCUUGCAAGGACCGAGGGCGCAACUGUGGAUGUCGAUGCGCUAUGGGCUCAAAUGACAGCAGCGCCUCUGAAGCCUUUGGAUCCCACAGCAUCACACGAACUAGCUGCACAACAGAAUCACGUACCCGUACCCAACAUCCCAGUAUCAGCGGAAGAGGAAGAACAGCUCACGAUCAAGAAAGUCUUCACCUUCGCCGGGCAGGACACGACCGAGGAGAAGCAAGUCCCACGCUCGCAGCUCGACAAAUACUUCAAAGAAGGGUGGAAGACACUCGAUGCGUCCGCAGCAACAAUACCCAUGACAGAUUCCCCCAAAGAUACAUCCGAGUCUAGUGGACCCAAGAUCCGUCGUCCCCUCCGCCGUCCAUCACGAUUCGACCCCAACCCUACAGGCUACGUCCGCGCCCUCGCACCCGAACACCAACUUUUCUGGCCCCGUACCGCUGCUACCGAUCUACAACGCGAGCAGGAAAUUCCACCAGAAACAAACAUCUCAGUCACGAAGAAGGUCGAGAAGACGCAGAAGCUCAAUGUCGUGGACAAAUCGCGCAUGGACUGGACAGGCUUCGUGGACAAAGAGGGCAUCGCAGAGGAACUGGAUACACAUGGAAAGACCAAGGAAGCCUAUCUGGGUCGUAUGGAGUUCUUGGCCGGUGUGGAGGCGCGGAGAGAAGAAGAGAGGAGGAAUCUGAAGAUCAAGGCUGCCGCUGCUGCACCUACGGUGGGGUGAACCGUAUGCCAAAGAUAUACCGGAGAUCGGUAGAUGUUUUAAAGAUACCCAAUUAUUGCUUAAAGGCGACAAGCGUACUGGUUGAUGCGCGUGCACUUCUGCAUGUUCAUCAUGUAUAGAUCUAUACCAUUCAGGACUGUACAUAUAACAAUCGAGUAGAAGGGUAUAAAAAGCACCGAAUUAAGAGCAAGAAGCGAAGUCACAACGAACUAGCCUGAAGCUACGACCAUCGAAAGAGAGACAAAUAAGUGACAUUGAGCAAACCCCCACCUACACCUCCACUUCCAUCUUCUAAACCCCUCUAUACAUCUCUUCUGACUCUCAAUUAAAAUGUCUUCGUCUUCCUUUUUUCCUCCUCCUCCUCCUCCUCCUCCU